CAAUCUUUUAAACCAAACAAUCAAAUUAGGGUUUUACUCCUCCCUAUCGGUUUUUUGUUUCUGGCUCUACUCUCUGUACACCCUCACACGGCUUGGAUGGCUGACCCUUCUAUCUCGGCUACGACACUUGCGUGGCAUUGGGUAAUUGAGUAUCUGGCAAGUUUUCCUGAAAUAGAGGCCUCGAUUUUACAAGAUUUGAUUGAGGCGGCUCCGAAAAUACCUGAAGAUUUGAGGAAAAACACGAGGGAAAUGGUUGCUUUGAGAUGCUUAGAGGAUUUUUUUUGUCAUAAUAAUGGAAGCACGAAUGAUUUUCCUUCUAAAGAAGCCAAAGUCACAUUUGAUUUGUCAGAGAGUUGUGAAGAUGUACUUCAAUCAAUAUUGCAAGAGACAUCGGUAUCAGAUCUGAAAAGGGCUGGACCGGAGCGAUUGAAAUGGGAUACUCGCCCUUUCAUUAUGCAUAAAAGAGCUUCUAUGCCUAAAUGCGCUUUAGAAAAGGUGAAAGGUGCAAUCCUUGAGGGUAUUCAUCCAUAUGCCUCAUUGAAGGAAUAUAGUGGACUGGUGGAUGCAAAUGAUUGGUGUAACAGAAUCUCUGCAAAUUAUGGGGACCUUGGUGCACCCGCAGGGAGGAUUGAUGGACAAAUUAAUGCUCCUGAAGAAAAUUCCAUUCCUUUAAGAGGGAUAGAAGUGGAAGGUGAUUCAUGUAACAGGACCUCAUUACACUUGAAGAGGGAUAGAAGUGGUUCGGCUAAUGAAAAUCUGGCUGGAGACCUUGAAGACCAAAUUUGUGUUGAUGAUGGUGACCAUCUUCAUCCACAAGCCAAGAGGUUCAAGCAAGAUGCCAUAUGUGGCUACCAGUCUUUGGAACACAUUUCAACUCCUCAACAGCACAUGGAAAUGGUAGAGGAUUCAAUUCAAAGAGUGACUGGGGAUUCUGAAAACAAAGAUUGUCACAUGGAAAAAAGAACUUCACAAGGUGGAUUGGAAGAAAGCAGGUCUGUUGGGAAUGGUCAUGAUGAAUGUGUUGGUAUGGAUAGGCAUGGGAAGAGUCUUGAUCCUGAUAAUGCAUUCCAGCAUAAUCAGCACGAGAUUGCUCACAAUGCCAACAAAAUGUCACAAGAUAUAUCUGGGGAUGCACUCCACCUGUAUAGCUUAGUGGAUGAAAUCAACUGUGCUGAACCUAGAAUAUCAAACACUGCACCAUCUGUAGGAACCCCGAAUAAAUUCUUUGUUAAUGAAAACAAUGAUAACUCUGAUCAUAGUGGUCAACUAAAACCAUCAAAUUCUUUGUGCCACCCUGAUUCAACUGUUAGGACUAAUCAUAUAUAUAAUGGAGAAAAGGUCGGGGAGGAGAUGGUUCGAGAGAACCCAUCUGGAACUGGACUUGACAGAAACCAACACGAAGUUUGUGUUGAUCCUAUUGACAGUGAUGUUGAUCAAUCGUGUAAAGAAAAAGAUGUUUUCUCUGGAAUCCAGAGUAGAGAUGGACAAAGACAGAAAGCUGUUAGUGCCACCAACAUCGACGGAGGGGAAACCUCUGAUGAUGAAAAUGACAAGUCAUCAUCUUCUAAUUACUUCAUACAAUUUCGAAACAUAGAGAAACAAUAUUCAUACCCUGUAAUGCCUCAGUUGAGGCGGAAAAAGUUUCCAUGGACAGUUCAGGAGGAGGAGAUGCUCAAGGAGGGAGUGCAGAAAUUUUCAAGUGACGGAAAAUUUCCAUGGAAGGACAUUUUGGAGUAUGGUUGUUCUGUGUUUUUGAGUGGCCGUACAACAAUAGACCUUAAGGAUAAAUGGAGGAACAUGUGCAAAGCAAGCCCUAAAUUCAAAGCAUUGGUAGCGACAGUUACUUAACUAGUACUUGACCCAAAAGACAAGAGAGGUUUUGACAUGGGACAAAGGUGAGAGUCUCGGGAAUCAGGUCGUCAAGGCAGGACAACAUGUGAAAUAGGGCACGUGAAAAUGAAAAAUGUUGAGGUGGGCUUGCUUCAAGUAAAAAUCCAAUUCUUGUAGAAACACUAAUGUAGAAUCCAAAGCAAAUGAAGAUUUUAUUGGAUGCGUCAUCACUCCAAAGGCAGUCAAGCUGUUCAUGACGCAAUUCCAGUCACCACCACAACGCAAUCUUAUCAUUCACUCUUGCUAAGUUUCUUCUGUUUGCGCAGACGGCUGAGUGCCAAGUUCAACAGCAUUUGGUAUCAUUUGUCCUCGACACACACACAUAUUAGGUUUGG